UUAAUCAAUCAACCCAAACGAACACCGAAGUCAACCUUCAUGCCUAAAUCUUCACUUCUCUUCCCUCCAAAACUCUUCGAUAGCCUUUCCAGAAAUGUCUGCCGCCGCCAUUUCCUCCAUGCUUCUCACGCUCCGCCUCAACCCAGCAGCAGCGCCACCACAACCGCCGCCAUCCUCCAACAAACCCUCUCCCACUUGCUCGCUUCCACCACCAGCGGACCCUUCGUCGCCGCCGCCACACUCCAAGAACUCGUUGACGUCUCCCUCUCAUCCCAUGGGUUCCGUCUCCUCCCCCUCGCCUUCGCCCAAAUCCGGCACCUCAUCGACACUGACUCCUGUAAUUGCCUCAUCAAAUCCUACAUCCGAUCCAACGACCACCACCGCUCUGUUCUUCUCUUCGUCGCCAUGCUCAAAGCUUCCGUCUUCCCCGACCUCUUCACGUUCCCUCCUCUGAUCAAGUCCGCCGUGCAGUUACACCUCCUGGGAUUUGGCCUCUCCCUCCAUGGAUGCGUUACUAAGAUUGGCUGUGACUCAGAUGUCUUUGUCAACACUGCUCUUGUGUCGAUGUACUGCUCAUUUGGCCACGUCCGUGAUGCAGAACGUAUGUUCGACGAAAUGCCCCACAGAAACUCAGUUACUUGGAAUGCGAUGAUUACUGGAUAUGUCAAUAAUAGGCGGUUCAGAGAAGCACACGAGCUGUUUUCCAGGAUGAUUAGGUCUGGGUCUGAGCUCGGUGAGGUGACAAUGGUGUGUGCCUUGACUGCUUGUUCCCAUCUUGGAGCUUUGAGACAGGGCAUCUGGAUUCACAAUUACAUCAAAAACCACAGGUUGACAGUUAAUGUGUUUGUGGGGACUGCGCUAAUUGACAUGUUCAUGAAGUGCGGGGUGGUUGAUGAAGCAGUGAAGGUUUUCCGGGCAAUGAGAGUGAGAAAUGAUUUCACUUGGAACACUUUGAUGUCAGGAUACGCCAUGAAUGGUGGAGGAGAAGCCGCUCUGGGGGUCUUUAAUGAAAUGAUUGCCGAGAACAUCAAACCUAAUGGAAUUACUUUCUUAGCUGUUUUAUGUGCAUGUUGCCAUCAUGGAUUUGUCGACCAUGGAAGAAAGUUCUUCAUCAGCAUGGAGAAGGAUUUUGGAUUGCAGCCUAGGAUUAAGCAUUACGGUUGCAUGGUUGAUCUUCUUGGGAGAGCUGGUUUAUUGAAGGAAGCUUAUGGUCUCAUUCAAACUAUGCCAAUGAAGCCAGAUGCUGCAAUAUGGAGGGCACUAGCUACUGCUUGUAAGAUCCAUGGAGAUUUGGAGCUGGGUGGGCUUGCAAUAAGAAAAUUACUCGAGUUGGAGCCUUGUAGUGGAGAGAACUAUGUCUUGCUGGUGAAUCUUUUAGCUCGUGAUCAAAGGUGGACUGCUAUAGGAAAAGUGAGACAGAUGAUGAGGCAAAGAGGGAUUAAGAAGGAUCCUGGAUGUAGUUCAAUCGAGAUUGAUGGUGUUGUGCAUGAAUUUCUAGUUACUGAUGUGUUUCAAAGGGAUGAGUUGGGUGAUAUCUUUGCAAUGCUGGUUAAGAUGACGAGGGAAUUGAAGUUGGCUGGUUAUCGCGUGGACACGGACAUGGUUUCUUAUGAUUAGGAGGAGGAAGGGAGGGAGAUGUCUGUGAUGCAUCACAGUGAGAAGCUUGCGCUUGCAUUUGGACUGGAAAAUGAGAUUGGAAAAGAUGCCUCUAUAUAGGAAACCGAACUGACCUUACUGAUGGCUGGAGAGGCUUUGCUAUGGAUCACAGUUUGGAAGAUGGGGAUGCCGGCAUUUGAAUUGAGGAAAUCUGCUAGAUUUAAGAUUUACAUUGUAAAAGCCAUUGGGAGCGAAGGAAAAGAUUGCUGGAGAUGUUGAAGGAGCAGAAUCACCAGAAGAAUCUCUAGAAGAAAACCAGCAAAGACUCAUAUGGCUGAAUGUUCAUAUAUAGAACAACUUUGGCUCUUCAGAUGUUGCUGCUCGACAAUUGGGGUACGUAAUCAAGCUGCUUCAGUGUAAUUUGUAGUUCUUGAUUGUCAGUAAGAUUGCUUUUUUGAGGAUUAGUAAGGGCAUUAGAGCAACUGUUGCAUCUGCUAAUGUAGUUAAACAUUAUGACCACCUGCAAACUAUCCUUAGAAGAUGUGGAUUGUCUAUACCUUACAAUUCUAGCGCGAGACCGAGUUUUAAGUAAACAUAUCCUCUUAUUAAAGCCAUAUAGUGUGAUAAACAAACACAGACGUUUAUUUUAGUAUAUAAGCAUCAUCUUUUUGUACAUAAUCACUAAUGGUAUUAUGAGUUAAAAACUGAAUUAACAGUGUUUAAGUCUGAUGAUUAGAAUAGAAUACAACACAAAAAAGAGUAUCUCAAUGAAGUGUAUCAUGCAGAUGUGACAGGGAUGAUUGUGACUUAAUAGGAACUAUUGUCAAGAAGUAUCUCAACGAACACUAAAAAAGAAAUCAUCAUAAUCACCAACCUAAUCCUAAUGCUUAAUAUUGGAUUUUAAAAAUCUUGAAGAGCUGAUCAAAGUAAUUGUCCUAUUUUAUGAUCACAAUGCAAUCAUUUCACUUCCUCCUUGCAAUUGGGGAAAUUAAUAUAUUAAGAGUGCUCACUCGCCAAUGGCUUAUUUGGUGAAGUGUUACUUUCAGAAAGAUACUUUUCAGAAAAAAAUGUAAAUAGAAGAGACUUGUGCGUGAUUUGCUAUCUUCCAAUAAUUAAUCUGUCCUGCUGCCAAUGGCACUGCACUAUUCGAAAUAAAUGAUUUUUUUUUGAAAUUUCAUGGCAACAAUAAAUAAUUAACGACACUUAAAAUUUUAAAAAAAUUUAAAAGAUGCACUUAAUUUUUAAAUGUUUUUAAAGCCUAUUUAUUUUUCAUUUUAUCUCUUCCACCAACCAUUGCAAUGU